AUGGCAAGGGGUCUUAUAAAGCAUAAGGUAGGGGAAGAGAAAGAUACAAGACUUUGGUUGGAUUACUGGCUACCAAAUGGCCCAAUUGCACUGCAGCUGGGACUCAAUGAAUUAGAAAUUCUUCAACUUCAUAAUAGCAUGCUAGUUGAUAGCCUAAUUUCUAAUAGUCAUUGGGUCAAACCUGGCACCUUACAGCUGCACCAGUUCUUUCAAACCAGAAGAUUCUUAUCACAACUUCAAGAACUGCCUCUCAUUACCACAACUCCAGAUGUUAUUGAAUGGCUACCUAGUCCCACAAAGGAGCUUUCUAUGUCCCACACUUACAAAUACUUUACUUCACCCUCCCCAGUUUUCCAUUGGCACAAACUAGUUUGGUUCAAGCACCAUAUACCUAAGCAUAGUCUUAUUCUAUGGAUGGCAGUGAAGGGAAGACUAAACACUCUUGAUGCCAAACCUGUCCUCCAUAAACACUACACUAACAGCUGCUAUCAUUGCAAUUUUGCUUGGGAGUCCAUUGACCAUCUCUUCUUCAAGUGUGCCUACACUUCUCGCAUUUGGAAGUUUGUUCAGGAAGUAGCAGGAUUCUACAUUAGGCCUGACAAUUGGACACAAUUACUGCAUUGGUGUAUUGCCCACUGGAACUCCUCAGAUUUCUUACUACACAAAUUACUUUUGGCUGCGGCUGUGUAUUUAAUCUGGAUGGAGUUGAAUGCUAGAGCUAUAAACAGCAUAUUAGCCCCAUCCUCUAGCAUCAUAGCUCAGGUGAAGAGUUGUGUUAGAGCCAGACUUGCAUCAACCAAGCUCACAACCAGUUAUGAUUUGAAGAAAUCCACUCUAUCCAAAAACUACAGUUAUUGUUUCAGCAAGGAUGUGCCUCCUUUGGUCGUCAGCUUCUGCUAUCACCCUAACUCAUGGUACUGA